UUAAGCUGAUCGAACGUCUGACCAGCCAAACUGAUCUUCAUUUUUCACCAACCACACUUAAAACAAAAACGUUUUCUCUUAAAGAAAAUUUAAAGAGACAAAACAAACAAACAAAACUUCAGUCUCUGCAAAGCUCCAUCCUUUGUGGUUGUGUCGUAGAUAGCCAUUCGAGUGGUUAAAAGUUAAAAACUUUUAUGUCCACUUGAAUCCUUUUUUGUUUCUUUUUGGAUUUUAUCUGAUCACUCGUUUUGUGUCUCUGAAUCUCUAUCCCGUGGAUUCGCAUCUGGAUUUGUUUUUUUUUCAUUUUUAUUCGAGCGGCUAACCUUUCUCGGAUCCAUCUGAUAUCGAUUGGAUUCUCUCUAAUCAAUCGUUGGUAAGCUAAUAUUUAAUCACUUUUGAUUGAAUUUUCCUUCUGGGUUUUUGAUCUGAUUUCACCUCAUUGUCUUAUGAAUCCACCAUUUGAGUUCUAGGGAUUAAAAGAUUCAAACUUUCUCAGAGACAACUGAGGAAAAAUGACAUGUUUUUAGAGUUUGAGUUUGGUUACAUUUUCAGGUUUUGUUAAGAUUUCUCUCAUUGUCUUCUGAAUCCUUUGAUUUGAAAUGGCGGAUGCGUGGAAGGAUUUAGCUUCAGGGACUGUUGGAGGAGCUGCUCAACUAGUUGUUGGUCAUCCAUUUGACACUAUCAAGGUCAAACUUCAGAGCCAACCGACUCCAGCACCAGGCCAACUUCCAAGGUACACCGGUGCAAUCGAUGCGGUUAAACAGACCGUUGCUUCUGAAGGAACCAAAGGUUUGUAUAAAGGUAUGGGAGCUCCACUUGCAACCGUUGCUGCCUUCAAUGCGGUUUUGUUCACUGUGAGAGGUCAAAUGGAAGGGCUGCUUAGGUCUGAAGCUGGAGUUCCUUUGACCAUUAGUCAACAGUUUGUGGCCGGUGCAGGCGCUGGUUUCGCUGUUUCGUUCCUUGCUUGUCCUACCGAGUUGAUCAAGUGCAGGUUGCAAGCACAAGGUGCAUUAGCUGGUGCCUCUACUACAAGCUCAGUGGUUGCAGCCGUGAAAUACGGUGGACCAAUGGAUGUAGCCCGUCAUGUCCUACGAUCAGAAGGAGGAGCACGAGGUCUAUUCAAAGGUUUAUUCCCUACAUUCGCCCGUGAAGUCCCGGGAAAUGCAACAAUGUUUGCAGCCUACGAAGCUUUCAAGCGGUUUUUAGCCGGUGGUUCAGACACUUCAAGCUUAGGACAAGGGUCAUUGAUCAUGGCGGGUGGAGUCGCUGGUGCUUCUUUUUGGGGAAUAGUAUAUCCGACAGAUGUUGUGAAGAGUGUUCUUCAAGUCGACGAUUACAAAAACCCGAGAUACACGGGGUCGAUGGAUGCUUUUCGGAAGAUUCUGAAAUCUGAAGGAGUUAAAGGUUUGUAUAAAGGAUUUGGUCCAGCUAUGGCUAGGAGUGUUCCUGCUAAUGCUGCUUGCUUCUUGGCUUAUGAGAUGACAAGGUCAAGCUUGGGAUAAACCGGUUCGGUUUGGGUUUAACUGUUGGUUCGAUUUCUGAAUGUUCCAUUGCGAUUAACCUCUCUGUUUUUAGAUUUGAUUCUUAAAAAAUUUCUGCAAAAUUUAUGUACCAUUUACACAGUUUAUUUCAGUAUUUCUUACACAGAAGAACUAGUGGUUGACAUUAACAUUUUAACCGAAUUGAACCGAAC